AUGGCGGCCCUCGGAUCUCCUCGUGAUGAGUACGCCACUACAUUUCUGGAGAGAGCCUUGAAACGACUCCAUAUCCGCUCGCCAUCUUCGUCUCUAUCGCAAGGUUCGCCGUCAUCGUCGCCAUCGAGCAGUCGAGCAAAACCGCUGCCACCUCCGCCGAAGCUUUUCUACAGGCAUGCUCACGAUCGAGCACAGCAGGCCGCAAACGCGCCUCCCUACGAAUAUGGAGCAGGAUCUUCGUCGUACACACUACCUCCAACGCAUCCGCACCUCCAACAAAGGCCCGGCCCAGCAAGGAUCGUGCUCAGCCACCAACAUGUAGACACAAGCCGUCUUCCACCUCGGCCUCCAAGCUUUGUGCCGCAGCACGUGCCACCUCCCAGUCUGCGGCCGGCUUCUAUCCCUGUUGGUUCCCUAUCUGCACACAAGGUGGCUUUCCCUUUCGAGCUGGUUCCACAAUCCAAGGAGCGUCUCAGCACGAGCGCGUCGACUCACGGAAAGGAGAAUCGCUUCGACCCUACCGUACCUUCCUCUGAGCCGAAAACUCCUCCACGCUCAAGGCAGAGAGAGCCUGUCGACUUGCAGAAGAGCGGCGGCGGCUUUCUCACACCGAAAGGGUCUCAGACGGACGCGAGGCAUUCACCGGUCAAGGGACAGUGUUGGGGCAUUAAGAAGGACGGCUCUCGCUGCACCAGAAAAGUCCGGGCCGCGGAUGCGGACGGUCAAAACAGUAGUGAUGUUGAAGAGAAGUAUUGCUUCCAGCAUGUUGCUGAGGCGAAGAAAUGGCCGGGCUUCUAUCAUUCGAGGCCGCCUAAUUCGGACGCUAGCAGGACGGAAGUAUACGUCAAGUAUCACGAUUGGUUGGACGACACAGUCAAUGAUCACACCCAGGCGCUGUUGCGGCACUGCAUGUCGCGCAGCCUGACCGACACGGACGGCAGCGAGCAGGGACAUCUUUACGUACACGAGCUGAUGUCCUUGUCCACGUCAACGCACGUAUGUCUCAAGGUGGGUCGGUCGACGCAGGUGUUCCGCAGGAUCGGCGAAUGGAACUCGCAGUGCCGAUCCAAACAGCCGCUGUUGCGAGCGAUAUAUCCAUCGCACGACGACCAGCAGCUCAUGCCCGGCAUGGACAGUCCGACGAUGGAAGGCGUUUAUUUCAGCCGGCGAUGGGAGGCGCUCGUUCAUCUUGAGCUGGGCGCGUUGGGGAAGCGGGUCGACAGCAUCUGCCCAGACUGCGGAAAGCGACACCGUGAGAUCUUCCUGAUCCCGAGAUGGCUUGGCUAUCGCGACGCAUCGCGACAGGAGCAGAACGGUGGAUUCGAAGUGGCAAGGACGGCAAUUCUCAAGUGGCUGCGAUUUGUCCAGAUGCUCGCAGCUCCUGACGCAUCAGCGAAGUUUAGCGUGCACAAGGAAAUGAGGUGA